AGCCUUGACACGAUGAGCUCUGCUGACGUGUCGCCUAUCCCCCCGCGAGGCGGGCCCCGCCCGGAAUCUGGCUGCGGCCAAUCGCAGACCACGGAAACGGAUAGCGUAUUAGCGGUAAGCCAAUCGGGUUCCGGAUAAGGCCUGGCAGGCGGGUCCCACCCAGAAGAACAUAAAGCGCAAAGUGCUGGCCUGCUGGGCCAUGCAUGCCCCCGCUCAAAUAGCCCUAGAAUCCGCCGAUAUUUCUUCGUCAUUCGAUCCCCGUCGCGCAAAAUCUUCUCGUUUAGCUAGCUUCGCUAGCAGUGCAAAUUAUGGUGAUGUGAUUCUACUUGUACACGAAGAAUUAAGCUUGUGUUUUCGUUUGUGCUGGAAGAAAUUGGUUAAGCAGAGCUAGAGAGAUGAGUAGCUCGGAGCGGAAGGCGGGCGGCGGCGGCGGGGCGUCGGCGGCGGUGGGGGGGAAGGCGGCGCGGGCGUGCGACGGGUGCAUGCGGCGGCGGGCGCGGUGGUACUGCGCGGCGGACGACGCGUUCCUGUGCCAGAGCUGCGACACGUCCGUGCACUCGGCCAACCCGCUCGCCAGGCGCCACGAGCGCCUCCGCCUGCGGGGCGCCAUGCCGAUGCCGAUGCCGGUCGAGGGCGGCGUGGCAUCGGAGACGACGAUGGCGACAAAGACGGCAACGAAGGCGAAGCGGCUGCAGGGAGGCGUGGCGUGGGCGAAGCGGAAGGCGCGCACGCGGCGGCCGCCCGUGAAGAGCGUGGGGCAGCUGCUGCUGUCGAGGCGGCUCGUAGUCCGAGUGCCCGAUGAUCAUCAGGCGGGCGCCGGCGGAGAGUCGUCUGACGAGCAGAGAGCGGCGGCGGCAGAGGAUGAGGAGGAACAGCAGCUGCUGUACCGCGUGCCCGUCUUCGACCCCGCCCUCGGCGAGUUCUGCUCGCCGCCUCCGGUCGAGGAUUAUUAUGCCAUCGGCAACGACAACGACAACGCCUUCGUGGUGGGAGAAGACACGAAUAAGCAGCUGGUCGGCCCGGCAUCAUCGUCAUCUCCCGUUCAGGAGCUCCCCGAUUGCUUUGCGAGUUUCGGGCCGACGGACGCGGAGCUGAGGGAGUUCGCGGCGGACAUGGAAGCGCUCCUGGGCGGCCAAGACGCCCUGGGCGGCAACGAGCAGCUGAUGGCCGAGGACUCGUUCUACAUGGAGGCGCUAGGGCUCGUCUCGCCGCUGUCAGGAGAUCACAAGGGCGUCGACGCCGGGCGACCUGUCAAGGUGGAGACCGAUGGCGGCGCCAGACGCAGCAGCCCGCCGACAUUGGUGGACGACGACGACGGCAGUUUCGAACACAAGGCGGCGACGGCGAGCUACGGCGAGGCUGCGGAUGCGGGGUUCUUGAAGCGGAGCCUGGAUCUGAGGCUAAACUACGAGGCGGUCAUCGAGGGCUGGGGCAGCUCGCCGUGGACCGACGGCCGGCGCCCGCACGGCGGGCAGCUCGACGACCUGCUACUCCACGACCACUACUACUCGGGCAUGUGGACGGCAGCGGCGGGAGGGGGACGGGCGGCGAGGCCAGCGGCGGACGACGGCGGGUGGCGGGAGGCGCGGGUGUCGCGGUACAGGGAGAAGCGGCGGACGCGGCUCUUCGCCAAGAAGAUACGGUACGAGGUCCGGAAGCUCAACGCCGAGAAGCGGCCCCGGAUGAAGGGCCGGUUCGUCAAGCGACCCGCCGGAGCCGCCCCGUGCGCCGUCGUCGCCUAAGCCGGUGCCCCGGCCGUUUGCGUGCGGCGUGCGCGCGUGUCGAUCGAUCGAUCCACACGGAUGGAUUGACAACAGUCGCGGGGCAGGAAUGCAUGCAUGGAAUUACGGAACCAACAACACACACAAAACACAAUUUGUCGAAGCUGCUUUUAAUUUAGUGUAGGUACGUCUGUUUUUUUUCUUUUCUCGUCACGUACGGCUCGUCCGUUUUUUCCCCCUCGACCGGGCAUGAUUUCCUCGUCGGAGAUCGCAGCUGGUCCAGGCCGGGAUCGACUGAAUUGUCUUCUUAGCUCGCAUGCGCGCUGUGGCUAGCUAGUGAGAAAUGGUUUGUCUUUAUUAAUUUUGGCAGGUUUUGAAACCUCUUUUACUGUCGCGCUCAAUGUUACAUGUAAAUUUGUACACGGUGUUCAUGCAUGCGAAUUUUGUAGAGCCACCACUCGCGACAAGCUAGUGUUUUGUAAUAAAAUAAUAAAUUAACAUACGGAAUAUGUAACUUUGCUGUCGCGCGAGUCGUGACUCUUGUGUGUCAGUGUAUGUAAAUUACACA